AUGGUGACUGUGGUGAUGGUGGCAAAGCCUCCACAGUUAGUGUAUAUCCAGAAAAGAUAUCCUGUUGUCUCCUCCAGGCUAGAGUAUGGCAAUCAAAAUCACUAUUCUGGAGAUUCUGAUGAUGGCUCAACUGUUUCUUUGAAGUUACCACAAAGCAUUGUCAACAGUGCCUUUUUUCCCAUAAUGAAUGAUAGCACGACUCGACUGUGGAUAGAGUAUGAAAAUCCAACUCGCUAUUCUGGAGUUUCAGAUGAUGGCUCAGCUGUUUCUUUGAAGUUAGCACAAAGCAUUGCCAACAGUGCCUUUAUCAUCAUCUGCAUCUUUGGCUUCCUGGGGAAUGGAAUGGUCAUCCGGCUUCUGGGCUUCCACAUUAAGAGGAAUCCUUUCACCACCUACAUCCUGAACCUCUCCAUUGCUGACUUUGGUGUCCUUGCAGCUCUCCUCAGUAUUAUUUUGCCUAUUGUAACUCUCUAUGAGAAAUCCCAUGUUGCUGUUUUGAUCAGAAAAGUAUUAUUUGAACUAUUUUUCUUCACGUAUUCUGCGGGCCAGUUUCUACUGACAGCCAUCAGCAUCGACAGGUCUGUGGCUGUCCUCUUCCCACUUUGGCAUCGAUGCCACCGACCACCACGUUUAUCCACCAUUAUCUGUUCCCUGAUUUGGUCCCUCUCUUUCCUGCUCUCAGGCAUUCACCUUACUCUCCUACUGACUCAGAGCUUUCCAAACUCUAACUUAGUGUACCAGCUUAUUGUAAAUGCCCUCAUUUGCACUCCUCUGAUGGUCACCUCCACUCUGAUACUGACCCUCAAAGUCUGCUGCAAAUCAGUGCAGAAGCAGCGUGGGAAGCUGCUCACCACUAUUUUGCUUACCCUUCUUUUCUUCCUCAUCUUUGCCUUCCCACUAAAUGCCAUUUACACUGCCAUCUAUUUUAAUGAGAACAAUAUGAUUCUAUUGGAAGUUGGCUUUGUGUGUGCCUCUCUGAAUAGUAGUGUCAACCCGGUGAUCUAUUUCCUAGUAGGGAGGAGGCAGAAGAAGUGCCAGUCCACGGUCUCCAUGAAAGUUGCACUCCAGAGGAUUUUCCAGGAUGAGGAAGAAUCGGCAUCCAAAACUGAAAACUUGGUUAUGAUAGCAACUUAAUGCCUUAAGGCAGGACUAACCAAUUCUUUAUUAUCAUAAGCACAAUAAUGUACAGAGUGUAGUCUGUGGUGUGAAUGACUUAUUUUAAUGCCUUUCUAUCUAUUGUCCAACAUAGGAAAUUCAAACUAGGAGUUUUGUAUUGUAACAUUUGCUUUGGAUUGAGCAAGACUGUGGAGAUGGGCUUUGGACAGAAGGUCUACUUGAGCGUAGCCUUCUUCACCCCUAUAUUUUUAGAAGGGUUGGGCUAAAGAUUCUCUCCCCACCACCUCCCCAUGCCAUAAUGUUGAUUGACGUCUCAGCAUUUAAGAAAGCACACAAGUAGACUGGACAAAGAACACAACUCCAAGUUAGACAGCAGUGGGACAUGAUGGAUUGGCAUAGCCACAUCCAUGACCACAGUCCCUUGCUCACGCUGACUGCAGUGGCUGAGAACAGCCCUGAUAUCUAAAGAUAUAGGGUGGUAUACUAAUUGAAGACACAAUGGAUUAAUAAUAAUAAUAAUAAUUAUAUGCAUCUUAUAUUGUUCUUUUUUGUUUCUCUGUUGUUCUUUUUCAUUUCUCCAUUGCUCACUUGCAUUUCAUUUAUGUAUUCUUUUCAU